AUGGUAUACAUCGACGCCUUGACACACGACCACAUCCUCAACACGAUCCUCCUCCACUCGCCCGCGCGCACGUGGCUGCUCUUCCGCGCCACGUCCCGGCUGUGGCGGGACGAGAUGGACCGGCGGCUGGCGCGGCACCUCGUCAUCGUCGCACCGGCUCAUCAACGAGCACUCGGCGACCAGCCUCCCAAAGAAGGCGAGGUCCGGGUCUCGUGUCCGGGGCUGGCGCGCCUCCCGUCCCUCCUCGGCGCGGACGAGGGCACCCUGUCACCUCCGCUCCGCACAGCGCUCGGGCACACACACGUCCUCGACCUGGUCGGCUUCGUUCCCCGCGCCAUGCUCCAGGCGCUCGCGGCCCACGCGACCUCGGUGCGCAGCGUACGCGUCCGCCACGCAGACGACAUGCGGCUCUUUGCGGCGUGGAACCGCGUGCGCGCCGUCCCGUUCCCCUCCGCUACGGAGGUCGUGGUGCAGGUGUUCAACAACAAGGCGCGGUGGGACGAGGUCAUCGGCACCAAUAUCCCCCCGGACUGGGUGCUGUGGGACGUUCACCCUGUGCUGGGGGAGACGCUCAACCUGCCCCCUCGGGUCGCGAACGCGCGGGUUGCCGAGGCGGAGGCGAGCGCGAUCGUCACGGCGCCUCCAAGCUCACCGAACCGCGAACUAGAACAUUUCAAGCUCCACGUCCCGGCCGAGGAGGGCAUGGAGGGUACGGACCCCGUGCCGCGGCCCGUGACUCCCCACGUCGCACGACUGGCCUCUCACACCCCGCCGCCGCGCGUCAUCGUCGUCAUGCCCGACACCGUCAACGGCUGGAUCAAGCCCCUUCUCCCGCGCCUCACAUCCCUCGCGACGCAGUACGAUGAGCAGCACCCCCUGUCACCGAGCAGCCGGCCGCCAUCACCACCCCACCAUCAGCAGCAGCACCAGCAAAUCGUCCUCAUCUUCCCCGGCCAAGCGCUCUUCCAGCGCGGCCAUACCCUCGGCCACUGGGGUCUGCCGGUCGUCACGCACGUAUGGGAGAAGGUCGUCGGGUGGUCUGCAGAGCUGCUGGGCCGCGGGUGCGCGGUCACGUUCGUCAACCUCGGGCAGGCGAUCUGGCGCGACGUCGUGGACAAGUAUACUGGCGUCGUGACCAACCCCUGGAGCGCGGCUGAGGACGCGCAGGCCGUGAUUGAUAGAUACUGGUUCGACUAUGAGCUCACCGAGCGCCGCGUGCUCGAGCCCAAGAUGCGUGCGCGGCUGAGGUUCCUCAGCACGGACGAGUACGCUGCGGAGGUUGGCGUGAGGGUGUGGGAGCGGGAGACGACUUUCGCGCCCAAGCUGCCUUUGUGUGAGGAGCUGUACGUGUGA